AGUGCAAACUAAGCUCUAGACAGAAUCAGCUCGCUUAAAGCAUUAGAUACAAUUACUUGCAAAUAUGGAGAAUGGGAUGGAUGCUCUCCAUGACUCUGGAGUUCAGAUGAUCCAAUAUCUCCAGAUGAACUACAAGAGUUCUCAAGACUGGUUCAUGUUUGUUUCAUUUGCCGCUGAUCUCAGAAACACUUUUUUCAUCUUCUUUCCCAUCUGGUUCCAUCUUCAUGAGGCAGUUGGCAUUAAGCUUAUUUGGGUGGCCGUUAUUGGGGACUGGCUGAAUUUAGUUUUUAAAUGGAUUCUCUUUGGACAAAGACCAUACUGGUGGGUUCAUGACACCACUUACUAUGGAAACUCAUCUGCACCAGUCAUUGAACAGUUUCCUGUCACCUGUGAGACCGGGCCAGGAAGCCCUUCAGGCCAUGCCAUGGGCUCAGCUGGUAUUUACUAUGUUAUGGUCACAGCCAUUAUCACAAUAAUGCUAAAGAAGAAGGAAACAUCACUUUCAAAUUGGUGCAUGCGCGGAGCUCUCUGGACUGGUUUCUGGGCCGUUCAAGUAUGUGUCUGCCUGUCUAGAAUCUUUCUUGCUGCUCACUUUCCCCAUCAGGUGGUGGCUGGAGUGAUCUCAGGAAUGGUGGUCGCUGAAGCUUUUCAUCACACGCAGUUGAUUUAUAAGGCGAACCUAAAGAAAUACAUCUAUACCACACUGUUUCUGUUCUCUUUUGCUCUGGGCUUCUACUUGCUCCUUAAAUCUGUGGGCGUUGAUCUCCUUUGGACUCUGGAAAAAGCCAAGAGAUGGUGUGCUCAACCUGAGUGGAUCCAUAUUAACACCACACCCUUUGCUGGUCUUCUCAGAAACCUCGGUAUUUUCUUUGGACUUGGACUGGCUCUUAACUCCAAGCUUUAUCAAGAAAGUUGCCGUGGAAAGAAGGGCAGUCAAUUUACUUUCCGCCUCUGUUGCAUUGUUGCCUCUUUGCUUGUGCUUCACCUUUUUGAUUCCUUUAAGCCACCAACCCAAGUGGAGAUGCUUUUCUAUGCCCUGUCCUUCUGUAAAAGUGCUGCUGUGCCUCUUGCUGCCGUGGGAAUUAUUCCUUAUUGUGUUUCUCAGGUUCUCCACCAACAAAACAAAAAAUCACUUUAACUGGAUUCUAAUAUUAUUGUAGGAUAUUAUUUUUUUUUUAAUAUUUCACCUACAAAGCAAGCCUUCUUAGUAGCUAUUGUUGCAGAUUUACACACAGUUCUAAUUUAAGCAAAAGCAUUGCCUAGAUAUUGGGAAAGAAUUGAACAUAAAAUUUGGUGCACAGUAUUGCUUGAAUGAACGUAUACCUGGAAGCCCCGUGUUGUUCACUACAAAAAAAGGAGCAAAGUGUCGGAGCCUUUUGGAAACUUGGAGAAGGAACCUGCCAGGUGCAUAAGGAGUGAGAACUAAGUUAGAUUGCUGAAGAAUGAAAUGUUCAAAUGUUGCUAUUGUUUAUGGUGCUUCUGAUGAGCGUUUGUACAUCCUGUUGGGAGCCACAGUACGAACUGGAACGUGGCUAGGACUCAUUGGCAACCAGAGUUAUUCGUAUUAAGCUGAAGGUACAAAAUGCAUCUGGGAUACAGAUGCAAAGUUGGUUUUGCCU